AACAUGGAAAUUGUUUUCUCAUUCGUCUCUAAAAGUUGAAUUACAGACAAAAAUCUGUACACGGAAUCUUAAGAUAUUAAAAUGGUUUCAUUUCAUUAAUGAAUUAAUUAGGCACUUCUGUUUUUCUCCAUUAAAAGAAAGAUCCGUGAGCUAAGCUUCACUGUCGCAAUCUCCCUCACAGAUUCAUAUUCUUCUCACGAUCCAAACUGGAGUAACAAACAUACCCUAAUCCUCCGCGAUUGAAGAUGAGCUGGUGGUGGGCUGGAGCUAUUGGCGCUGCAAAGAAAAAAAUCGAUGUAGAUGAGGCACCGCCGAACUACCAGAGCGUGGCUCUUGUGGUGGGGGUGACCGGAAUCGUUGGGAACAGCCUCGCGGAGAUCCUUCCUCUCUCCGACACUCCAGGUGGCCCGUGGAAGGUUUAUGGCGUGGCGCGCCGCCCCCGCCCCUCCUGGAACGAGGAUCACCCAAUCAACUACAUCACCUGCGAUGUAUCCGACGCCGACGACGUCAAAACAAAGCUAUCCCCUCUCACCGAUAUAACCAACAUUUUCUAUGCCACGUGGACUAACAGAUCCACCGAGAAGGAGAAUUGUGAAGCUAAUGGGGAAAUGUUGAAAAAUGUGCUGAAUGUUGUCAUCCCUAAUUGCCCCAAUUUGAAGCAUAUCUGUUUGCAGACUGGUAGGAAGCAUUAUCUCGGUCCAUUUGAUUCUCUAGUGAAGUUUCAGCCUCAUGAUCCUCCGUUUACCGAGGAUUUGCCUCGAUUGGAUUGCUUGAAUUUCUAUUAUACCCUAGAGGAUAUUCUGCUUGUGGAAGCUGGGAAGAAGGAGGGUUUGACUUGGUCCGUGCACCGCCCUGGGGUUAUAUUCGGGUUCUCACCGUACAGCAUUAUGAAUUUUGUUGGAACGCUUUGUGCGUACGCAGCUAUUUGCAAGCAUGAGGGUGCGGUUUUGAGGUAUCCCGGUAGUAAGACUACUUGGGAUGGAUACGCGGAUUGCUCGGAUGCGGAUUUGGUUGCGGAGCAUCAGAUAUGGGCAGCUGUGGAUCCUUACGCAAAGAAUGAGGCGUUCAAUGUGAGCAAUGGCGAUGUUUUUAGAUGGAAGCAUUUCUGGAAGGUGUUGGCGGAGCAGUUUGGGGUGGAGUGUGGGGAGUAUGAGGAAGGGAAGGAGGUUAAACUGCAGGAGUUGAUGAAGGAUAAAGGUCCGGUUUGGGACGAGAUCGUGAGGGAGAAUGGCUUGGCGCCUACCAAGUUGGAGGAUAUUGGGCAUUGGUGGUUGAUAGAUGUUGUGUUUCAGAAUGCAUGUUUGCUGGAUACAAUGAACAAAAGCAAGGAGCAUGGAUUUCUUGGAUUCAGGAAUUCCAAGAAUUCCUUCAUUUCUUGGAUUGAUAAGGUGAAAGCUUACAAGAUUGUUCCUUGAGUUGAAUACCUGCUUGCUCUAUGCUUGGUGAAUGAAUGUGUUUUAUUAGUGUGUGAUGUAUCAUUUCUUUAUUGCACGAAACAGAAUAAUGUUGUAUAAUAAGAUUGAUUUCAAUUGGGGAGAGAAAAUGAUGCUGCAUUAUGGAAGUAUACAUAGUUGGCGGAUGUCAUUUUCUUAUGUGAAUUUGGUGGUUGUUUUUGCUUCCUGGAUCAUUGUAUCUUGCUUCUCGGUAUAUGUAAAUUUCAGUGUUUAUAUAUGCGAGUAUUUUUUUCUUC